GAUAAUAGGUAUAUUAUUUUCUUUAUAAAAACGAGGUUGCAAUAAAUUCAAACACACAUUCGCCUCACUGUACAUCUGUUAGGGCAAUGCCGAAGUGAAACUGGUCGCAUGUUGUUUUUUUAUUAGCCAAAAGACCGAUUUUGCGAGUUGGCGUACAAUUUGCUAACGCUAGCUUGCUAACCUAAUUUUCAGACAUUAGUCCUCUGACUGAAUAAACAAUGAAGCGAGUGAGCAGGAGACGGAGCUCUGUGUGGGACUGCUUUGAACAAGAGGGGAAGAUUGUCCGCUGCAUGAAAUGUGACGCUACAUUGAAGUACUGCGGAGGAGCCACCACCACCAUGAUGAGCCACAUGAGCAGGCACCAUGCGUCCACCGCACCGCUGGACGAAGACGAGAAACCGGUCAUAUGCCGUGUUCAGAGCCUCGAGGAGGAGAGUACCGCUAAUUCGGAAAUAAUGCAGGUUGCUAUUAUGUCCCCCAAUAUAAAUAUCAUGAAUGCAAACCCCACUGAGCGUGACUGCGGAGUGAAGAGGCGCCCGAAGAGGAGCUCUGUGUGGGACAUUUUCGUAAGAGUGGACGACGAGGUUCACUGUACAAUGUGCGACACAAAGCUUAAGUACAGGAGCAGCACCACCAACAUGAUGUACCACAUCAAAAACAACCACCAAGGCACUGAAUCUCCCCCUCGGGGGAUUAAUAAAGGUCCAUCAUCUUCUUCUUCUUCUUCUUCUUCUAUGCCCAAUGAUGGUGUGUCGGUCGCAGCCCACACAGAGGUGACUGAGCUCAUCUCCAGAAUGAUUGAGAAGGACAUGCUUCCCAUCAGCCUGCUUAGAGGUGAUGGUUUCCGUGAGCUACUCGCAUACACUGUGCAUACUUAUAAAAUGCCAUCUGCUGAAGAUAUUAUACGCCUUAUAGAAGGACAUUUCCAGGAGAAAGCAGAGGAGCUUCUAGUGCAGCUUGGUAAAGUGGAGAAAGUGGCUCUCACUGCUGACUUCUGGACAGCCCUCCCAUUUCAGAGAUAUGUUACAGUUUCCUGUUCAUUCAUAACAGAAGACUGGCAGGGCAGGUCAGUUGUGCUGCAGACACACAAGCUAUCACCCGACAGCCACACUUCUACAGACAGUGUCACAGAAAGGCUUUUUAACACUGUGGAAACCUGGGGUAUUGAUGGGAAAGUGACUGCAUGUGUUCAUAACGACACACAAGGCAUUCUGUCAGCCCAUGAGUGUCCCCCUGUCACCUGGGACUAUGCCACUUGCUUUGCUACUAUAUUGCAGCUGGCAGUCAGUGUUGGGCUGAGUGAGGAUUUGGUCCGCAUCAUCGUUGCCGCAGGGAAACUAGUCAAACACUUCAAUCACAACUUGCAGGCAUGUGAAGCCUUGGAGCAAAAGCAAGUUCACAUGUGUCUGCCAAAGCACAAGCUUAUCCAGUCAAGCAAAGCUAGAUGGGACACAAUCUGUGAUAUGUUUGAGCGAUUACUGGAACAACGGUGGCCAAUUAAAGCGGUGCUCUCCGAUCGCACAAUCACCAACCGACAGGAAGCCCAGAUGCUUGAGAUUGAAGACGACUGCUGGCAAAUAAUUGAGAAUUUCACACCUGUGCUUGCAACUCUGAAAUGGGCGACAACAGUGAUAUCUGCUGAGACAGAAGUGUCCAUUUCAAACAUCUACCCGAUCACAUUCAGCCUUAUUCAGACCCAUCUGGUGCCAAAAGAAAACGAUGUGGAACAAGUCUCCGAGUUCAAGCUGAAGGUUCAAAAGUUACUUCAAAAUCACAUGGAGGUUGACUCGAACGGCCUCGCCUCCAAACCAGCUCUGAUUGCCUCUAUGCUGGACCCUCGUCACAAACAUCUCAGCUUUCUGACACCAACAGGAAGACUGUCGGCAAAGGUGAAACUGCACGAACUGGUUGCAAAAUUAGAUGUGAAGACUCCUACUGUGGGCCUAAAGGAUGAACACCAAGAGAUCCUGGUCACACCUGAUAUCAGCCAGGAGGCAGCUAUGCCCUCCCAACUGAGAAGUGACACCAAAAACACCAUGAUGUUGCUCCUAGGAGACAACUACAGUUCCUCCUAUGCCACAGACUCUGAGGCUCAGGUCGAUUACUAUUUGAGAGACAUUGCGCCCUCUUUGGACAUAAACCCUCUUGACUGGUGGAAGGUAAAUGGACCAAGAUUCCCCAAACUGGCUACUCUGGCGAGACACUAUUUGUGUGUACCCGGGGUAUCACUGCCGUCUUUAUUGUCAGAGUCUGGGCAAACAUUUGCAAAAAUGCGUACAAGACUGGCCCCAGAGCAUGUUGACAUGAUGAUCUUUGUAAACAGAAACGCAUAACUUGUAUGACAACUAGGGCUGUCAAGUUAACGCAUUAAUAACGC